GAGAGAAAAAGAGACAAGGGCAUUAGUAAAGUAAUAAGGGAGAAGAAAUUGUCCAUUUCCAUAACAAAUUUUGAAACAUUUUUGCUAUUCUCAUUUCUGCGCGGUGUCAACAACGAGCAGAGCUUGUUGAAUGUUCGUUUGAACUUCAAAAAAAGGGUCCCCUCCUGUUCCAUCCCCUCAUUUCUGAACCCACUCCUCAAAAAAGCAAAAGUUGGAUAAAGUUUUUCAUAAGAUUCUUAUUUCAGACUGUCACCACUUUCAACUUUCAAAUCCUUCAUUCUAACUCUCCCCUCUCUUUCCUUAAACAGUGGAAAAAUACGGUUAUGUUUGCUCUUCUGUGUGUGUGUGUGUGUAGAGACUCCAAAUACCCAUGAUUCCAAAGACCCUUUUCUUAACUUCCCUAUGACUGAAAGAAUGAUAAAGAAAAGGCUCUAUCUAAAGAGGGAGAUUCUUUUGAAAAUAAAAAAUGUUCGAUUUGUCUCUUCAUUCUUUUAAUAAUAUCCAUUGAUCCAAAAUCUUCCCUUUAGUUUCCUCUCUCUCUUUUUACACCUCUUCCUUGUACUAGUAUAUUCCAAAAAAUCUAUCUCCCUCUUUUUCCCUAUUCCUUCCAACCCUUCUCUAAUUUUUUUCAAGAAUCAAAUCCAAUUAAGUCUUUUUCUUUUUCUUUUUCCCUCCCUUUGAACCAUUUUUAUUAUACUUUUGUGUUUUCUUGAUGUUUGGUUUGAAAUGGGUAGGGAAGGAAGAGUGGAGGUGGUAAGCAGCAAAGGGUGUUCAAAGUUGUUAGUGGAUUUUUCCUCUUCAUUCAGAGGGAUUCCUUCUUAUUCAUUAGAACCACUCAUAAUGUCUCCUGCUUCCUCUGCCUCUGUUAUGUCUGAAUCAACAGUUACCACUCGAUCCAAUUAUCCAUUUUAUGGACUUGUUAUCUGUGUUACUGGACUUUCUAAAGAAGCUAGGAAGCAAGUGAUGGAAGCAACAGAGAGAUUAGGUGGUAAAUACAGCCCACAUUUGCACCCUCAAUGUACCCAUCUGGUGGUUCAGAGCUUUUCUGGACGUAAGUUUGAGCAUGCCUCGAAACAUGGUUCAAAAAAUGGUCUCCAGGUUGUUACACUGUCAUGGUUUGUGGAUAGUGUAAGAAGGAAUGUGAGGUUGAGUGAAUCUCUUUAUAGUGUUAAAGGUGUUGGACAAGAUGGUCUCUCAGUAGAUGAUAUCGACGGGCUUGCUCAGAGAGCCAGCAGGCAGCGUUCAUGUCUCCCUGUUGCGUUGCCUGAAAAUAGCAAACCACCUCACAUGAUUGAAGAGCCACUUAUGCAUACUGAAAGAGAACCUAAUAGAAGGACUCUGUUCAAUCAUACCUUUUAUGUUGAUGCAGAUGUAUCUGAUGAGCUGCGUAGUAAGGUCAUCGAGUCUGCUGCAGCAGAAGGUGCUUGUUUGGUGGAUCAGUGGUUUGUUGGUUGUGCUGCAAGUCAUGUAGUCUGUGAAGGAAACUCAAUUCGGAAAUACCUUGGCCAUUCCUCUAACAUUGUCACACCGCUUUGGGUUCUGAAGAGUGCAAAGGAAAAGCGCCUGCAAAGGCUUGUUCAUAUGUCUGCUGAUUUGGCUAGGCAAACUGGAAUAUUACUUGAUAGCAUUCAGAAUACAAUUAAUAGUAAAGAAAUUAAUGCUGGUGCUCAUAUUCAAGAUACCACAAGUUCUACACCUAGAGUGAACCAGGAAGAAAGACUAAAUGUUGUCAAUGUGGCCAAAGAGGGAGUAAGGAAGCGUCGUGGUUGGCGUAUGCAGACAUGUCAGACCCCUUUACGUCACCUAUCUCCGAGCAGCCUUCUAGAUUCCAUCUGCUGGUCGAUAUCUGACCCAACUUCGGCUGCUUCGAUUUACAUGGACUCUUCUAGUGCUGAAGAUGCAAAUCAACAGAACACCUCUGUAGUCUUUGAUGCGAAGGAGGAUCACAAAGCAUCUGAAGCUUCAUUUGUGAACCUAUCCCGACCGCUUUCAGAAAGUGAAAAAUCUGAGUUAAUAUUGAAAACCAACUUCCUUACUAUACUGUUUCCAGUUGAUCGAUUUUCCGAAAUGGGUCCAUGUUCCAGGACCUUUUUUAGUGAGAAAGGGUUCACGUGUUUACGGGUGUUGGAUUACAUACAUGCAUUUUACCAGGAAAACAUGUCCGUUGCAGAGGUGGAGAUAGCGAUUCACACAGAUUCAAGGCAUGCUGACCGCCUAAGAUCAGUUUAUUGUAGUAAAGAGACUAGCGAGAGUGGUUAUGUAGAAUUCAAACGGAUUGAAUUUCUGGGUAGCCGUAAAAGUUUUGAAAUGCUGAAGCGUGUUUCUGGUGAUAACAACUGUAAUGUCUAUGAGUUAUUGAUCAGAGCAUAAGUUCAUAGGAAAAAGAGUUGGAUGACAUUCUACUUUGGUUUUGAUUUGGCUGGUAAGCUACAACUUCUUCUGAGUUACAGAGUUUGAUGUAGUGAAGAUUAAAGAGAAACUGUAUAUAUUCAUCAUCAAAAUCAUUUUUGCAAUGUGAUAUUUUGUGUGUA